AACAAACUCCCAAUUCUGGGCGCAGACCCUAGUCAAUACGGCGGCUAAUGGAGCCAUUAACUUCUAACCGCUGGAGCCUUCUCACAUUGAUCUUCCUGCUCUUCCUCCUCAUUCAACCAUCUCUUUCCAUCUACUGUGACGAAGACGAUUGCUACGGAAGAUACGCAAUCACUUCUCUCUCCAUUUUCGCUUAUUUUAUGGAUUUUGUUAAAAAAAAAAAAAUUAUCCCGUUUACAUUGUAAUUAAAGGGUCACUCAAAGCGCCAAUGCCUCCGAGAUCAAGAAAGCUUACUACAAGCUCUCUCUUAAACAAUAAGUUUUCUGGUAUUCUACAAUACGGCAAGGUACUACAAUGCUUACUACGGUCAUAAGACAGAUUUCAGUAUCUUAACCAAUGGACAGGGUAUAACCAGGCCAUUGACAUGGUGAAGAAGACUCCAGCUUAUAAAAAUAAGCUAAAAGCUAUGGAACUUGAACGCACUGGGGGAGUAACAAACAAGAAGAAGGGUAACAAGCAGCUGAACAAGCAAUUGGUGGAGGAUCUGAGCAAGGAACUUGAGCUGCAGAUAAAAGGAGCUGAAAAGCCUUCUCUUUGGGAGCUUCUUGAUGUUCGUGUCAUUUUACUGCCUUACACUAUGGGAAAGGUGAAACAAAAACCAUAUUCUUGGGAAGAUGCCUCCUAUCUUACUAGAAGAUCUCUUGGGGUACCUUUUGACUCGUGGAGAGACAUAGGUGAAUCAACGAAGGACGACCUUGUCCAAAGACGUCUGUGGGUAAAAGCCAACUUGGAUAGCUACCGCGCCGAGAUGAGGAAAGAAUCAAAGCGCCGAAGAUAGGAGAUAACCCCGAGAGUCUUAAGAUACAACUGCAGCAUUUGGUUGCCUUGGUUCUAUUUUACUUCCGAGAGAAUUUUGGUGGAAUUUUGAUAGUCAAUGUAGCAAUAACUUAAUCACUUAUAUUAUUUACACAGCACUGGGCCUGGGCAGGAUCCCUCCAACCCCAACCAGCUACUCAAUACACGAACAACACAACAUAUUACAGGAAUGGAUGCAAUAAUUAUUAUAGUUA